GUGUAGUAGUAGAGGAGGAGGAGGAGGCUCGUCCGUAAACGCACCGUGGAUGGACUUCACUUCACCGACACACUAACGGACUAUAACCUGCUCAAUCUUAGGCACACUGUGGAUUUAAAGGGUGUUUCGAUUCAUAAUUCGACAGUUGUUUCAACCAUUUUGAAGACUUAAGGUGUGACCGAGUCCUUUCCUGUUCUGCAGCUUGUGGAUGAUCCAACAUUACUUUUACUAAAUGGCCACUGGUCGGAGCUUAGUGCUGACCCGUCGGAGAGCACUAUGAGAAGAUGACAACAAGCAGGAUUUAAUCCAGAAAGGAUUCCUUAUCUCUGUGCUAAGAGUCUACUAACUGAGUGUAAGGACCACUGGGAGUACAAGAAUCAAGUCAAGGACACGGUUACUCCCCCUCAGCCUGCAGGAAGAUGGGAGUGAGAGAAUAAAGCUCUGUGGAGUCAAGAGGAGCUUAAUGAAUUCUAAGGAAUCUUAAAAACAGAGGAUCAGGCAACCAUGUGGACACUAGCUGCGACUGUCCACUGUCUCCUGGCUGCUGCGAUGCUAUUGGCUAGCUGCCUCCAAUCGCUGAUGGCCACUGAGGACGACGUCACACCGCGCAUCAGUUUCUCCUACAAUGCAAAGGAGAGGUCGGCCAAGAGAUUCUCCGUGGACGGCGUUUUCAAUUACACCUCCCUGCUGCUCAGCCAGGAGGACGACAUGCUUUACGUCGGAGCGAGGGAGGCGCUGUUCGCCCUCAGCCUGUCGGACAUCAGCAAGGCCAAGCUGCAGAAGAACCUGACAUGGGGCACUCCUGCUGGAAAAAGAGAGGAGUGCAGCUUCAAAGGGAAGGACCUGGAGACUGAUUGCUUCAAUUACAUCAAAAUCCUCCUGCGGCUGAACAGCACUCAUCUCUACGUGUGUGGCACUUACGCCUUCAGCCCAAUCUGCGCCUACAUAAACACGUCAACGUUCACGCUGGAGAGAGACGAAGUGGGCGAGGUCGUGAUGGAGGACGGGCGCAGCCGCUGCCCCUUUAAUCCAGAGUACAAAUCCACUGCCAUCAUUGUUGAUGGUGAGUUGUACACCGGUACUGUCAGCAACUUCCAAGGGAACGAGCCUGUCAUUUACAAGAGUUUGGGCCAGGGAACCGCUCUGAAGACGGAGAACUCUUUAAAAUGGCUGCAAGAUCCCGUCUUUGUCGGGUCGGCUUACAUCGAGGAGAGUCAGCCGGUAGGCAACCCCAUAGGAGACGACGACAAGAUUUACUUCUUCUUCAGCGAGGCGGGGAAGGAAUUUGACUUCUUUGACAACACCAUUGUGUCGCGGAUUGCUCGCGUGUGUAAGGGUGAUAGAGGCGGCGAGCGCGUGCUGCAGAAGAAAUGGACGACCUUCCUGAAGGCCCAGCUCCUCUGCUCCCUCCCGGACGACGGCUUCCCCUUCAACAUCAUCCAGGACAUGUUUGUCCUGAAGCCCAUGGGAGACAGCUGGGAGAGCACCGUCUUCUAUGGCGUCUUCACCUCCCAAUGGUAUAAAGGAGCAUCAGGCAGCUCGGCAGUGUGUGCUUUCACCAUGGCCCAGGUGGAGAGAGCCUUCAGCGGGCGCUACCGAGAGGUCAACAGGGAGACGCAGCAGUGGUACACCUACAACCAUCCAGUGCCAGAACCACGGCCCGGGGCGUGUGUAACCAACCACGCCAGGCAAAUGGGUAUCCAGUCGUCCUUGCACAUGCCCGACAAAGUACUAAACUUCGUCAAGGACCAUUUCCUGAUGGACAGUGUGAUCCGCAGCGCCCCCCUGCUGCUGAAACGCAACGUCCGCUACACACAGAUCGCCGUGCACAAGAUUCAAGGCAUGGAGAGGGCCUACGACGUGCUCUUCAUCGGAACAGAUGAUGGAAAGCUCCAUAAAGCCAUCAAUGCCAACGAUAAAAUGCACAUCAUAGAGGAGAUGAUUCUGUUUCCUGAGCCUCAGCCUGUGCAACACAUCGAACUCGAUCCUCAGAGGGGUCUGUUGUUUGUGUCGUCAAACUCUGGGCUGGUGGAGGUUCCUGUGGCAAACUGCUCCAACUACCUGAGCUGUGGAGAGUGUGUGUUGUCCCGAGACCCCUACUGCGCCUGGACCGGGCGGCUGUGCCGGGACGUCAGGAUGGCUCCACCUGACAGUCACUGGCAGCAGGAUGUGGAGGAGGCGGACACAUCAGCGAUCUGUAACCGGACGAUCCCCAGCGCCAGAGCUGCCCGACCAGCCGCUUCUCGUGGCUCCCAAUGCAAGCUCAUCACACUUCCAAUCAACACUUUCAAAGUCCUGCCCUGUAAGUCGCGGUCCAACCUGGCGCAGAGGAGGUGGAGCUACAGUGACGCGGCCAGCCAGUUCCUGUACGCCACUCCAGAGGGAAACCUGGUGGUGGUGGCGCAGGCCGACAGGGUGGAGACCUACGAGUGCUGGUCCGAAGAGGAGGGUUUCCGCCAGCUGUUGGCCAACUACUGUGUGAGGGCGGAGCCUCGCCAGGAGAGCACCACUCUGAUUGGUCACUCGCGCACACCGCACAUUGAGCGAGAGGAGAGCAUCAUCCUGCCGGGCGAGGCUCGCUCGGGGCAGGUCCUCCACACCAAGACGUACUGGAACGAGCUGAUCGUGGUGUGCGCCCUGCUGGCCUUCUCCCUCGUGGUCUUCUCCCUGUUCGUCAUCUACAGGAACCGAGACCACAUGAAGUCCAUGCUGAAGCAAGGCGAGUGCCCUAACAUGCAGCAGAAGAAGCCGAGGAUUGUGGGAAAGCCCGCUGAGAGCUUACCCCUAAACGGUAGCACCAUCCCCGUUUCCACUUCUGAUCACAAGGGCUACCAGACGUUAAACGACAACUACAUCUGCAGCACGCCCACGCACGAGUCCUCGCCAGACAACAGCAAGAGCUUCUCCGAGGCCUCUGACAGGCGGCCGCUCAAUGUGAAGGAGAGCCACGUGGAGUAUUCCCCGACCUGCCCCCGGCCCAGAGUGAGGCUAGGCUCCGAGAUCAAAGACUCUAUCGUAUGAGAGCACAGUGUUCGCUAAAAAAAAGUUGCCCCCCUGUAUCUCCAUGAGGGAUACAGGCCGCCGAGCAAAGGAGAGGAGACCCUGACAUCCCUCUACAUCACAGCACAUCCUUUAUUUUAGUCAUCUUUUGUUCUGUGAUCAAUGCGGAAGUCAUUUCUUUAACCAUUUCCACUCCCAAACCAGAGGUUGGUCUGGUGCGAUGCAUAAGGCAGGCCCAGGAUCAACAGUCAUGGCAGCUGCUCAGAAUAUAACUCUUUGUCAUUCUCACGGCCACUGAUGUGUGUGAGGCUGGGCAAUAUGAGGAAGAAAAACACCAGUAACUAGAAGACUUUCUGCUGAUAUCAAUAUUUAUCACCAUAUUACUUAAUGUAUGCAAGAUCCAACAUUAAAAUGUCUACUUAAUGUCCA